UCUCAGAAAGAGGAAUCCCGACCAUGCCAGCAUCAUGACGCGCUUUUACCCCCUCCACAUUGCGCGCUCCGACGGCAAGACGGAGAUCCCCACGCGGACGGGCAAGCAGCAGAAUGGUCCCACCAAAGAGCAGCUCGACAAGACGCCCGACGCGAAGGGCAUGCAGGACUACUACCGCGAGUUGGGUCCCCAGGAGGUCAAACACAUGGACUGGCGGAGAAAGCUCGCAGGCAUGCUCAUGAGGGAAAUCGCGAGUCCGCAAGACAAAGACAAGGCCAACACGAGCAUUCUGUACGAAUUCCCAGAGAACUACCGCCUCUACGAGCAUAUCAAAUCUAGCGGACCUGUAGGCGAAGGCAACAGAUCCCACAGCUCAAAGAAUCAUUCUGGAGGCGGUCAUGACCGGCAAGAUGCAUACCUGUAUGGCCACCCAAUGGGGCCGAGGAAGCGCUUCAGAAGCCCCGCAGACUUCUUCCCUCACCUCCUUUGGCUGACCACGGACAAGGACGGCGAUCAAGAUAAUUGCUCAUGCAAGAUAUGCUGUCCAGAGGAGAUUGAGGGAGACAAGACGACGAAGGACAAGGAGAAAGUCACUACUCCGACUCCCAGCAUCAAAAAGGAGGAGGGCUCCACCAAAUCUCCUGCUAUUGGAAAGACAGCCCUCGCAGAGAAUGUGCGCCGGAUGAGCAUCAAUCCUUCACAGCCCGCCACUUCCAAUCCUUCAACUCCGAAUCCUCUCGAUGGACUUUCCCGUGCCAAUACCUUAUCUCAGCGUGUCACUGCGCCCACGCCGUCUCCUCUCCCACAGCCGCGAUCUCUUGAUCAGCAGUUUGAUGCUCAAUACAACAGAUUCAUGUUUCGAUCUGGCGAGCUUGUCUGGUACAAUCGCGGCAAUGCCUGGGGCUUAGGAGUCAUAAUACGGCGAUGGUUGCAGUCAGACGUACGAAACUACUUGAUUCAACCUCUCUCGCACCCCUUACACCACCCGGCGACUGCAGUCAUAGACCAAGAGAGCUUUCUCCGUCCCUGGCUUGCGUGGUCUGCUCCUCCAUGCACCACCCCAUACCUGCUAAGUCACGCGUUACUCUACCAACAAGUUGACUGGCAUGGCCUUCUCAGUGAAAAGUACGGCCGCGGUGGUGAUGUCGAGGUUGAUGCUUCCAUCCUCGGUGCUAAGGCUAUCGACGGGACUUAUACUCCCUUCGAGCUUCUGCGAACCUCGGUCACCCAAAACGGGUUUGAAGAACGCUACUUUAAUGGUAUGUACCUAGGCGCCGAAAAGAUCUGGGCCGGCGAGCCCGUCCGUCUCCGCAUAGGGGGUGGCGGCGACAUCAUGAUCGUGACCGCGAUCCUCGAGCGGCGCGGCCCCCAUACCGCAUCUUCUUCUCCCGUUCUUUUACCUACCUCGCCAGUCGCAUACUUCGUAGGCGACGUUUAUGCCUUCCAGACGCGCACGCCUCCGUCUCGCACACAAGUACCAGAGAUCCCCAACUUCUCAGCUCUCCCCCUCCGCGUCCGCGAAGACCUUCGUUGGCGCAACAACCUCACUCUCCCAACCCUUGGCUCAUACGGCCUCUGGAACCUCACCUCUCUUCAGGCCCGCAUUGAGAUCACAGACAUCAAAGGCCGCUGGUACGAGUCUAGCAUACUAUACCCGAUCCUCCAGCAGGAGUCCGAUUGCCGUGCUGAGGUGGCAAAGGGUAACUUUUCCGACGUCGGCUCCUGGAUGAAUAGCAGAGGUGACAGCUCCAACGUGCUCAACAGGAUCGACCAGCGUGCCAAUGCUUUUGGAGGUGCUGUGCCACACGGAACGAACAUCGUGGACGGGAUCGAACCGCCACCACCUCCAGCUCUGCAGCCACAGCCACUACAACAACAGCAGCAGCCAGCGCUGUCGGGCGACGUUGCCAUGUUAGACGACUACCUGAAUCUAGAUAGCAUAGAUGCGGACCCGAUGAGCGGGUUCGCACAGGGAUUUGGGGGCGCAGGAUGGGGCACUUGAUGAGCUUUAAUGAUCUGAGCUGUACGAGAGGAGCUGGGCCGAUCCUCAACCUGACGCAGAGCAUGAGGAUGCGGAGCAUAAAGUCUUAACUGUCGACGUUGCCGGAGAAGGUGAGCAUGAGACUCAUUAGUGUUUAGGCACGCUAGCAUACCCCACCUUUAAGUAAUGAAUGCCUUCUCUGCUGCUUAAAUUCCUGAGAAUGCGUUGAAGUGGACCUGAUUUUGGUAUCAUAACAAACCCCCUCGCUCACCCACGUUCUCACAAAUGCGGCGGAAACUCUUACGUGGAGAUAGACGCCGAAAGGCUACGUAAAAUGAGAUGUAGCGCAGUUUAGUGU